AUGGAGGUUAUCCGCCCUUCUGUCCAUGCAGGAACGUGGUUUCCUGGCACAGCUUCUGAGCUUCGUGCUUCUGUUGAUUCAAUGUUAGAAGGAGCACCAACUGUACAAGGAACAGUCAAGGCUAUCGUUGUCCCGCAUGCGGCAUUUCAGUAUUCGGGUCCAACAGCAGCAGCAGCAUAUAAACAGAUGCUUUAUCUUCAACGUACAGUGAAGCGAGUUGUACUGCUGUCUACUUGGCAUGCGGAUGCUCCUUCUCUUCUUCUUCCUCCUGAGGAGUUUAGCGCCUUGGGUAGUCCAAUUGGUUCUUUACCUCUAGAUAGAGAAGCCCUGAGCGCUCUAUACUCUACGGGCCUUUAUGACACCGCUCCCGCGGAGCGGGAGAUUCGCGAGCACUCCGUCUCUGUACAGAUUCCUUUCUUAAAGAGAGUCUUGCCAGAAGGUGCUCUCCUGUUGCCUAUUUAUGUUGGGACAAUUGCUGAUGAGGAUAUGCCGAUGUAUGCGGAGUCGCUAGCUCCUUUCUUCAUGGAUCCCGAUUGGGUGUUGGCUAACGACACAUUCGUUGCUUGGUCUGCAUUGGAUCGCGAGGCAAUCAAUUGUGUGUUAAGCUUAAACCCCUCUUGUUUAGAGGAGCACGUACAAAGGACAGGAGAUACAAUCUGCGGUUAUGGCGCAUUACAUCUAUUUUUACGUGUAAAUAUAAAUAAAUUAAUAAAUUAA